CCUAAAGGAAUUCGUCUGCUUUAUGUUUUACCACCGGUGUCGCUCCUGUAGGCCUAGGGUCUCAUAGUUUGCGCAAGAGUUUGCUCCGGUGGAGCAGCACGCUGUGGCUAGCCGCAACUCACACACACCCCGCGCCAAUGCGGGAUCAUUUGGCAUUGUUAUUGCUAGGCGCUGUUAGAGCGAGUCGAGAGUCGGCCUGACGGCAGGCGUCGUUUGUACCGGACUCAUUAUCACGCUUUCAUUUGCUCUCUAUCGGAGUUUGUUGUGUCGUUUCGCCGGUUCGUGAAUCGCUUGUGUCCUAACAAGGUACUUCGUCUAUGCCUCUGUUGGUGUUGUUGUUGUUGAGUAGAAAGCGGCGGUCUACAAUAGCUUCAACAUCGGAGCGGCGGCACCCGUUCCUCCGCCAAGUCUCUGGCACACCGUCACUCAGCACGAAACAACAUGAGUUCUGAUCCCGCCGCGGAACGACCUGGACCAUCAAACUCGUCAGCAGAUGCGAAAGAAUUCAUCAAGCUCAAGGUGAAAGGACAGGAGGGCGAUGAAAUACAUUUCCGAUUGAAAAUGACCACGCCGUUUAGCAAAAUUAAGAAAAAUUACGCAGAAAGGGUCGGUGUUGCUGCAGGAUCCGUUCGCCUGAUAUUCGAUGGAAGCCCCGUCUCUGACACAGACACUCCACGUGGCUUGUCUCUUGAAGAUGACGAUGUGAUCGAAGCCUUCGUCGAACAGACAGGGGGCUCAAGCAGCUAUAGCACAGCUAGUGCUUGCAGCUCAACUAAUCGUUGUUUCAAUCGUAUACCUCAAUCGCGAGCGCGCCGGUGGUCGACAAGGAUAUUAGAGAGCUCGUUUGAACAACGAUCUGCUCCAAUCUGCUCUAACGCGCACAAUUUAGAUCAGAGAAGAAGAAUAUGAUCUGUAGAAUGACACUACAGUUUUCUUUCUAUCUGUCCACAUCCUCUAGCUUAGGUAUUGUAUCUUUUGGUGACUCGGUAAUGAGUUUUUAUACAUAUAAUAAACAUGCUAGACUUUAAAAAAACAACAUAAUAGUAGGGCUAUCAACAGAGUAUAAAAGUGAAUUCCUUAAGUCACGAGUUGUCUCACCCCGAUUACUAAUUAAGAUCUGUUUCGAGCGAGAGAAAGGGAGACAGAGAGAGAGAGGAGAUGGAGAUAGAGGAGAACAGUAGUAAACAGUUUUCGACUCGAGAAACAGUUGUAUCAGCUUGUGCCACUUUAAUAUAGACGAUAACUGUUUUCGGUGAGCUGCUUGUUAUUUUGUGCGAUGGGUAAUUUCGUAGAAAUUCGGAUGUAAACUAUGGUAGACGGUAUUCACAAUCAGAGCACACUGAUCUAUGGCUAAUCCAUGAUGUAGUCAUUCGUUGCAAGUAUGGCUUAUCUCAUUGAUUUUACCGAUUAGCUAAUAUCAGUUAUUUACAUUUUUUAAUUUUAUGGACCACGAUAACACCAGUAAAAAUAUCGCCACAAGGUUCGUGCAUUAAUGGUUUGCUUGACAGUGUGCGGCACGAGUGGUCAUAAUGUGAUGUUACGAUACGCGAAUUUCUAAAAUCACAUCAAUUUGGAAAUUAUGAUAGUUAUUACCAUUAUUAUGUCUAAUGACAAUGAUGACGGAAGCAAGAAGAGGUGACGAAACCUUGAUUGUUUAACUGACGUUUUACCUUCGUCCUUUUUUUAUUAGCGCCAUUUACUGAAAAGCUAUUCGAGUUGAAUCGAGGAUUAUGAAUAACAGCAACAUCGGUAUUGAAUAUUACAAGUAUAUUAUUGUCCUAGUACCACUAAAUAACUCCCUACUAUGUUUUUUGAGAGACCCCUAUUCUUUGAUGACCACUGGAUAGGAUUCAAUGUACAUUAACAACUGUAAGGAAGAGAGCAUGAUAAAGGAAAGUGAACGAAUGAUAAAUGCGAGCAAAAAGUACAUAUUAGGUGAGAACACCUUAAGUAACAUUAACAACAAAUGUAAAAAUGUCACGCUUCUGUAAACGCAAUGUAUAUACAAAAAUCUAUAUAUAUGAAUUAUCAAAGCGUAGAUAACA